AUGGCCCCAAGGAGGAGAACUGGCGAAUAUCCCUGUACAAUCUGUCUUCGGAUAUUUAAUCGGGUCGAGAACUUGAAACGACACCAAAAAUCACAUCAAAGCAGCCCAGCACAUCGUUGCGGUAUCUGCCAUCGAGAGUUCUCGAGAAGUGACUUGCUGAAGAAACACCAGCGACUCCAUCAACGGCAACAGGGCGAAAAAUCGUCAGCUGUGUGCGAUCAAACACGUCCUUCUGCGAAAAGUGAGUAUCGGUUCAUUCAGGAGACUCCUGGCCACCCAUCCGGCAGUUCAGAGAUCCAUCGGCCUGAAGGAGUUAUAAAAGUGCAAGGUGCAUCAACGCAAUCGACGUUAAGCGUACAACUCGAUAGGAAAGACCCGUCUGUAGCAUCAGAUGCGGUCGAUCUUGAUGCAGACAUCGAUUUCACAAGUUUUAUCCGUUCAUGGGAGAUCGGAGAGUGUAUCAACUCGAGCGAGUGGUUCACACAGGAGUUUUACGAUGCUGCUAGAGAAGCGUCAAAUACCUGCAAUUCGGCGGCAUAUCUCAGAACGCACGACGCCCCAGCUUACAAUGAUGGGUGUGAGCUUUGGAGCUGGCUGAAUCCACUUGGCAUGUCGGAGGCUAUCCAAAGCUAUGCAGUUGUUGAUAAGCCUACUGCAAGUCACCUCCCAACUGCAACGUCGAUAACAACCGCCAACCCUGAAGACCCCGAUAUUGCCUCACGACCGUGUUCUCCGCCGAACGUCCCUUCGAAAGAGGAUGCCGUGGCUUUCGCAUGGAACCCUUCAUCCGAGAAGAUCAGCCAAACGCAGCCAAUUUUCGUCAGCCAUGACCAUGACCUCCUUAGGCAUCACAAUCCAAGAUUUGACAUUAAUGAAUCAGUAUGGACUGGCAUCCAAGACUUUUUGGAGAGCAAGGGAACGGCUUCAGACAACUUUAUUCUGCCUUCCCUGGCAAUUGCCAAUGUUUUUCUGGGCCUCUUCUUUGAAAGGUUUUACGAGCAGAGCCCUGUUUUGCAUAUCCCAACUCUUGAAACCAAACAGUUGUCUCCCGCGUUGCUCUCCAUCAUGAUAGCAAUUGGCGCGACGUACAGCCAUUUACGACAAACUCGACGAUUCUCAAUUCUUCUUUUUUACCGCUCCCACCAGAACCUUCAAGAUCUUGUGAGCAGGGAUAGAAGGUUGACACGAGAUCCGCAAAUAAUAUACUCAUAUGCGUUAAUGUGCUACACUGGACUAUGGUGUGGGAACAAAGGGGCCUUUGAAAUUGCUGAAGCAUCCCGAGGGACUCUUGUCACAUAUAUUCGGCGCCUUCCAGAGCAUCACAUUAAAGCUUCGGAUGCCGCCAUAAAUGACACCAGGAAGAGAUGGAGAGAUUGGGCACUCUCGGAAUCAAGGCGACGUCUACGUUGGUAUGUGUUCAUGCUUGAUUCCCAGUUCCCUGCCAUCUUGAAUAUGAGGGGCAUGAUGUCAACAUCUGAAGUUCAUAACUGGCAAGUCCCCUGCGAAGAAACAUUUUGGCAAGCACCAGGUGCCUCUGAAUGGGGUAAACUUCUAGGAACCGAGUCUCAUCCACCAACCAUCAAGCUCAUCACGCUCUAUGUAAAAGCCAAGAGUCUUCAAGCCAUGAACAUGCCGCCUAAUAGCCUCAAAGCGAAUCCAUGGACAGUCUUUCUUGUCAUUAGCUUGUUGGCCAGUCGAGCAUUAGACUGCUCACAAGAUUGGGCAACGCCGACCGCGAGAAUGUUGGUGGAUGAGUACGAUGAUGCCGACUCCUCAAAUAAUAAAGAAAGUGCAGAUUGGUUCGACAACGUACUUAUGUUCUCUAUCUCUAAUCUUCGUCAAGAAAUACGCGCUUCGCUCGAAUAUUGGGGUCGUGCAGUUGUUCCUGUAGACGAUGAAUGUCAAGGCGAUAGAUGGGGAGUAAACCAAUAUUUUAGUCGGGCAUCUGGCGUACUCGUUGGACUGGUUCACCUGCACCUUGACAUAUCUAUCUCGGAUCUGCAGGAUGCCCUCGGAAAAAGCGGGCCUCAUGCCGUAGAGGAAGCACUCUCUCGCUUCAGGCUUCAUCUUCGCCAUCCGCUUAUGACCUCUGACUAUCUGAAACCCCGAGGAGAAUCGAGUGAUCGAUUGCCUCAAUCUUUUACUGGAAACAAUCUCAAGGUCAAUAGUGUCUUCGGUCGAGCAAUUGCCGAUAUCACUGCCAUAACGGACAACCUUCUGUUACAGACAGCAACUCCAUACAGCAUAUUAGGCGUUUUUCUGAAUUGCGUUGUUCUAUGGGCGUUGGUCAAAACUAGCACCAAGGAGGAACGAGUGUUACUGAAGACGUAUCUUGACUCAACAGAGAUCGCCCUAUCCGUCGCUGGCAAGCCAGAGUUGAAAAAUACGCUGAGCUUUGCACUGGAAUCUUCAGAUAUUUCCCUGGAGAACGCAGAUGCGAUACUCAUGCAUGCUGCCCAGAACAUUGCAAAGCUUGGAACUUGGGGGGCGUCUUUGAACCUGGCGCUUCUGCUUCAGUUGAAAGCUUUCUGUUAG